UUAGUUCAUCGGGAGUGUGGUGAGUGUAAACGGUCAGGAGGUCUGAUGGUUGUCAUGAGAGCGCUAUCUGAAUCUCCCGCAAUUUUAACCGUAUCUGCUGCUGGUGCUUGGUGUAAGAAAAUGUCUAAAUCUGCUUUGAAAGAGGCUAUAGACGGUCUUUCUUUAGAGGUCCCACCUUGUGAGUGUGUUCAUCAGGAAGAGCUUCAGAGGUUUACUGACAAUUUUGGGUCUUUGUUUUUUACCUAUUCUUUCCAUGUUGAAAAGGCUACUAGUCAGUCAGUGGAGGCUGAACUGUCAAAGAUCCAAAAAUGUCUGCACAGACUCAGUCUGGUUCAUGCGCAGGUGAAAAUCAUAUCUGAGAUUAGGACAGGUUCAACAACACGCAAGCAAAUGUUCAGUGGAGGAGAGAAAGGAAGUAAAGUUUCAGCGAUGGAUCAUAGCAUUACUAUGGACACUGCCGCAUACGGACAGAGUCCGUUCUCUGUACGGUGUCUCCCGUCCUGUCCACAAAUGCACCCAGUAUUGGGAAACACACUGAGCUGUGUGCUUCCCACUGACAUCAUAGAGGCUGGACUGUGUGGGGAAAUGAGCAUGGCUACCAUGGCAACACUUGCUCCCUGUAUGAAUCUGUAUUCCAAUUGGCCCACUCGUCUCUCAUGCAUACGGAUGUUAGUGUACAGUCCAUGCGGCAUGCCUUUAAUGCAACAAACACAGACGAGUUUCCUCCAGAGUUUGGCUACUUCACUUUCCUGGGCAGAUCUCGGCCUUUCUAGAGUCUGUUGUAUGGAAGCACAAAACAUCCAGGAAUCUCUGUGUUCUGAUGUAGAAUUCUCUGUUGAGACUGACUGCAGCCAGGAAACAAGAUGUAGUAGUGCUGUACAGCAGGACAUUGAGUCAGAAUGGAGCCAUGCUGUAGAACAGACUCUGACUGUCUUCGUUUUCACUCAAUACACUGACCCCUUCCACUCCCAGAUCUCCGACUUCAUAGGCAGUGAAGAGGUUUUAGGGAGACACUUGGAUGCAAUUCUUUGGUACAACGGAGAUCAAGUGAGGGCGACGCUGCACACUACCAUGAAAAACACGCUGAAAGGAUUUCAGCAAAAACAUGCUGCCAGGCAGAGGUUAGGUUCUGCCAUACCCAUUGUGUUGAGCUCAAUGAACAGUAUAAUUGCCAGCAGCAGCAGUGGAGAGUUUCGAAGAGCGUGUUUUGAGAGCAUGAAGGUCAAGAGCACCAGCGAGUUACAUGCCUCACUAAAGCAGUCUCUUCAAAGCAUCGUGGAUGGGCGCUUUACUCCAAGGCAUAGGUGUAAUAAGGAAAAGGUGGUGGAGGCUGUUAGCACUGAACAGAGUAGUCUUGACAUUCUUGACUGGGAGGAAGAAUGUCCACCAGAACUGUCUUCUAAGAGGAUUCACUCUGAACUUCAAUACUCAAGCUUUACCCCUACGAAGAGACAACGUUCAGAGAUGAUCUCUGAGAAUUCAGACACCUUCAUGAACAAUGUCUUUGAGGCAGCAAACAUCCAGAAAAAUUCCCUGUCCCCAAUACAGCUUCCUCAAAGUCAGCAAACCAGAAUGAUCGCAGACAAACCCUCAGUGCUGAGCCUGACUAACCUGAAAAAUGAACAGGUGGAGAAGCAGUGGCUUCAAGAGCUUGAAAACUUUUCUUCGGACGUUCAGACAUCUGCUGCUUGGCUCAGGGACGCGUUAACGGGAUAUCUAGCCGGGAUUCAGUGUGUGUCUCCUGGACUUGCCACAGAGAGGAUGUUCCCCUGCCUGGCCCACAGACCAUGGCAAGUCCUCUGCCGGGUCUACCUGCAACAACGAGCCCCUUUAUCUCAGAGACCCUCUAAAAUAGCAACGCCAUGUUUCGGUUGGAAAAGUGGAGGAGGGGUGCACAAACUCUGGUUUAGCUUUCCAGAUUCCAGAGUCACGUCUUUAAUGUGGACACAGGUCCAGUACUGUUCCACAUCAGGCAGUGAUAAAACUGGAUCUCCAGCGGGUCCUGUAGAGCCAAAGCCCACUGAGAAAGAACAAGCUGCACAGUCCUCUGCAAAAACAGCUGGUUCCAAAACUCAAGGUCUGACAAAAGCAGAGAGCAUUCAAGUGAAAGUACGGGCUGUCCUGAAAAAAAGGGAAUAUGGCACCAAAUACACCCAGAAUAAUUUCAUUACCGCAGUUAGAGCUAUGAACGAGUUCUGCCUCAAACCCAGUGACCUUGAGCAGCUUAGAAAAAUCCGUCGACGUAGUCCCCAUGACGACACAGAAGCCUUCACUGUCUUCCUGCGAUCAGAUGUGGAGGCAAAAGCGCUGGAUGUAUGGGGAAGUCAAGAGGCACUUGCUAGAGAGAGGAAUCUCAGGAAAGAUGUGGAAAGGGAGUACCAAGAAAACAUAUUUAGAAAUCAGAAGCUGUUGAAGGAGUACAAAGACUUCUGGGGGAACACAAAGCCUCGGUCUAGGAAGAGAGCGACAUUUCUACAAGGACCGGGAAAAGUGGUGAUGGUGGCUAUAUGCAUAAAUGGACUGAAUUUUUUCUUCAAGCUGUUAGCGUGGGUUUAUACAGGAUCUGCCAGUAUGUUUUCUGAAGCCAUCCACUCACUGGCUGAUACCUGCAAUCAGGCUCUUCUUGUAAUAGGCAUCAGCCAGUCUGUCCGGAACCCAGAUGCCGUCCAUCCGUAUGGCUUCUCCAACAUGCGUUACAUCGCCUCUCUCAUCAGCGGAGUCGGCAUCUUCAUGAUGGGUGCUGGCUUGUCCUGGUAUCACGGCAUUAUGGGACUCCUGCACCCUCAGCCAAUAGAAUCACUGCUCUGGGCUUAUUGUAUUUUAGCAGGAUCUCUGGUAUCUGAAGGAGCUACACUAUUGGUGGCCAUUAACGAGAUCAAGAAGAGUGCACGUGAACAAGGCUUGUCCUUUUAUGAGUACGUGAUGCAAAGUCGAGACCCCAGCACUAACGUGGUCCUGUUGGAGGACGCUGCUGCUGUGCUCGGGGUGGUGCUGGCAGCUGGAUGUAUGGGACUAACGUCUCUCACAGGUAACCCCUACUAUGACAGUCUGGGUUCUCUGGGUGUGGGCACCCUGUUAGGAACAGUAUCUGCAUUCCUCAUCUACACUAACACAGAGGCUCUGCUGGGUCGCUCCAUCCAGGCCGAGCAUGUGCAGAAGCUCACAGAGUUUCUGGAAAAUGACCCUGCUGUCAGGGCGAUUCAUGAUGUCAAAGCCACAGAUAUGGGGCUGAGCAAAGUGCGCUUCAAGGCAGAGGUGGACUUUGAUGGGCGGGUGGUGACACGAUCAUACCUGGAGAAGCAAGACAUUGAACAGAUCCUCAACGACAUUCAGCAGGUGAAGACGCCAGAGGAGCUGGAGAACUUUAUGUUGAAGCAUGGGGAGAACAUUAUUGACACCUUAGGAGCAGAGGUGGACCGUCUAGAGAAAGAACUUAAGCAACGUAAUCCUGAGGUGCGGCAUGUGGAUCUGGAGAUUUUAUAAUGUCAUCAUGACACAUUGCAGAAUGGAGAUCAGGAUGGAGCAGAAGGAAAACUAAUCAAACCUUGAGUGACCAUGAGCGCCCCAUUCUCUCCAACCAGCCAAUCAGCUGAGGUCUUCACAUCAACCAAGCACUAACCUGAACAUGGUUUCAGUAGCUGAUAAUAUAGCAAAACCAUAGCCAGUACAGAGUGGACUCCAGCUGGAUAGAGACAAGGCUAAUAAAUGAUUAUUUUACAGUCA